ACGAGGGAUGGCGCCUCGAAGCGUGGAGGAGGAAGACGACCGCGUCAGCGGGGCUGAGCUCGUCGCGGAGGCCCUAAAGACGCAAAAUGUUGAGUAUAUCUUUGGUAUUGUUGGUGUUCCCAUAACCGAAGUAGCAGUUGCUGCUCAAGCAAGUGGAAUAAAAUAUGUUGGAAUGCGCAAUGAACAAGCUGCUUCCUAUGCUGCCUCUGCUGUUGGGUACCUGACAGGCAGGCCUGGUGUAUGCCUUGUUGUUUCUGGCCCUGGUCUUGUACAUGCUCUAGCUGGAAUGGCAAAUGCAAACAUGAAUUGCUGGCCUUUGAUUGUCAUUGGAGGUUCCUCUGACAGAAAUCAGGAAACCAUGGGAGCUUUCCAAGAAUUUCCACAGGUUGAAACUUGUAGGUUAUACAGCAAAUUUUCUGCUAGACCAAGCAGCCUAGAAGCAAUUCCUGCUGUAAUCGAGAAGGCUGUCCGAAGUAGUAUCUAUGGUCGUCCAGGUGCCUGUUAUGUUGACAUACCCGGAGAUUUUGUAAAUCUGCAGGUGAAUAAGAGCUCAGUCAGGUAUGUAGAAUGCUGUCAAGCGCCUCCCAUCAGCAUGGCUGAAGAGUCGGUUGUUUCAAAGGCAGUUUCAUUUAUUGCACAUUCCAGAAAACCACUUCUCAUUAUCGGGAAAGGUGCUGCUUAUGCACAUGCUGAAAACAGCAUCCGAAGGUUGGUGGACCAAUGUGGGCUUCCAUUUUUGCCUACACCGAUGGGGAAGGGAGUUGUUCCUGACAACCAUCCAUGCUGUGUAGCUGCUGCCAGAUCUAGGGCCUUGCAAUUUGCUGAUGUAAUAAUAUUGCUUGGUGCCAGGCUGAACUGGAUGCUACAUUUUGGACUUCCACCAAGAUUUCGGCCAGAUGUAAAAAUUAUCCAGGUGGACAUAUGUGCAGAAGAGUUGGGAAAUAACGUGAGACCUGCAGCAGCCUUAUUGGGUGACAUAAAAGCAGUGACUGAGCAGCUUGUGGAACACCUGAACAGAAAGCUUUGGAAGUGCCCUUCUGGUACAGAGUGGUGGACAGAACUACGGGCAAAAAUGAAAAGCAAUGAGGAGACAUCCAAGGCACUGUCCCUGCAAAAGCACCUGCCCAUGAAUUACUACACAGUAUUCCACCACAUCAGGGAACUUUUGCCAAAGGACUGCAUUUUGGUUAGCGAGGGAGCAAACACAAUGGACAUCGGGCGCACGAUGCUUCCAAACUAUCAUCCUCGCCACAGACUUGAUGCUGGCACCUUUGGGACUAUGGGAGUUGGACUGGGUUUCACAAUAGCAGCUUCCAUGGUUACUAAAGACCAUAAUCCCGAGCAGCGAGUGGUCUGCAUAGAAGGAGACAGUGCCUUUGGAUUCUCUGGGAUGGAGGUGGAGACUAUAUGCAGGUAUAACUUGCCAGUCAUUAUAAUCAUAGUCAACAACAAUGGAAUAUACGGAGGCUUGGAUGCCCAGACUUGGAAGGAGAUAAUGGAGCUUGGAGAACCUGCUACGAGUGUCCCUCCAAUGUCUCUGCUGCCAAAUGCUCAUUAUGAGCAGGUAGCGUCUGCCUUUGGUGGUAAAGGAUACUUCGUCCAAACUCCAGAAGAACUGCAAGCAGCCCUGAGAAGUUGCCUAGCAGAAAAGCAUAUCCCUUCCCUCAUUAACGUAAUGAUCGACCCACGGUCAGACAGGAAGGAGCAAGAUUUUCACUGGCUGACGCGAUCCAACUUGUAGUGGAAGAUG